GCCGCGCUCGCUGGCUGCGGGCGACGGGGCUCAGCGGGAGGCGACGCACCGGCCCUCGCCCUUCUGCUCGGCGGGGAGCAGCCGGAGGCGCGGCGAGGUUUACAUACUUGCUGGGGUUCUUUGGAUUUGCUCUUUCCUUGAAAUGGUAGGACUAGGAAAUAGCUGUCGCGGGAUGAAGUCUCCACCACUCCUCAUGGCUGCACUUGUGGCGUGCAUAAUUGUUUUGGGUUUCAAUUACUGGAUUGCAAGUUCUCGCAGCAUGGAUCUGCAGGGUCGAGUCAUGGAACUGGAAGGCAAAGUCCGCAGGGCGGCAGCGGAGAGGGGUGCUGUGGAGCAAAAAAAGAAUGAAUUCCAAGGGGAGCUAGAGAAGCAGCGACAGCAGAUCGACAGAAUCCAGUCCUUGCACAGCUUUCAGAUGGAAAAUGCCAACAGAGUACAUCAGGAAGAGAAGGCAGUGCUGAUGAGUAACAUCACAGUAAAUGAUCGAUUGAUUCAGACUCUACGAGAACACUUGAAAGAGUUACAGACAGAAUAUGGAAAGCUACAGCUGGAUGUUUACUGGUUUCAGAAGAACCAGACUAACCUCCAGAGGAAGUUCUCAUAUGACCUGUCACAGUGCCUCAACCAGAUGAAAGAAUUAAAAGAACAAUGUGAAGAAAGGAUAGAUGAGCUUAGAAAAAAGAGUAGUGAUGUACCACAAAUCAAAGAAAGCAAAGACUUCACAGAAGAUAGCCAGGUUGAUACUCAACUGUCAGCCUUGAAGCAAACAGGGUUCAAGCAGGCUGACUUGAAACAGCAGAAAACCAGUGAAGAUGUUCCUAAAGCAGUACCUACAGUAAGAAAGACUGACCUGAUGCAGGCUAAAGAAAGAACACACAGCCUAACCAACAUCAGAAAACAGGAGCCUAAGGCAGAAGAGGAGCAGCUUUCUAGUCAGUUGGGAAAACCUCAGGAGUCACUCAAGGCUACUGCAGGUCACAAGGAGAUGCUGCUUGAGUCAGAGAAGGAGCCAAAUCCACCUGAGGAUGAGAAAUAUGUAGCUGGGCAAGAUGCAUUAAAGCCAGCAGCAGAACAGACUGCCAGUGAGGAAAUUGAGAGGGAAGAGCUCCUAAAUUAUGAUGAUAAGCAGGAUGACUUGCCCCCUGGAAAGGCUGAUGAACAGGAACAUGAAGCAGUGAACCAGGACAAGGAUGUUGAUUACAAUUUAGAUGUGAAUGAAGCUGAAUCAGAAACAGACAAACAAGCAGCACUUGCAGGGAUUGAAAAUGUUCAAAACCCUGAAGAUCUGAAGAACCACUUACCUGACCCUGGUGAAGGACAACAGAAGUUGUGAACAAAGGAAGUUAAUGAUACAACUGAGUCAUCUCUUCAUCCAAAUGCAGCAAUGAGCCAAGUGAAGUGAUAUUAGAAGAUUUAGAUUAUCUUCUAAAGACUUGACUACGGGGCCCAAACAAAGUAGUAUUUUGUGAAGUUUUAGUACUGUUGCAGUGGGGAAAAGAUGUAAAUCUCUGGUGGUUUGUUUCAAAGCAGUUUGGCCUUUGCAAUGACUUUCUCCUUCCUAUCAAUUAUAAAAUUGCAAUCAGGAAGCAAUAAAGGCAGUAACU